UUGGCGCUCCUGUUCUCUCAGACUCAGAGGAAAAGACGGACGACUUCCACUUCGUGUUCCAGACGUGGCAACAGCAAGAGGAAUCGGAGUCAGAUGUCCCACACAGCUAUGGAGACCAUAGAUUUUCUUGAAAGCGACAGAACUAACAGUGAAGAUGUGGUGGAUUUAACGUGUGAAGGGUCAGAACCUGCUGUUGUUGAUCUCACGAAUAAUGAUUCAAUUGUGGUUGUGGAAGAGGUUUUGCCAAGCAGACGCAGGCAGGACACAGAGAGUUACGUACUGAGCAGUGAUGAAGAGGAAGAGUCCAGUCUAAGACUCAGUCCAGGCUUUCUUUCCACUCUACAUGAGAGCUCCAGAGCCAGGUCUAAACCUGGGGCAGUUAGCUGUCCUGUGUGCAUGGAUGUUUAUUCAGAGAUUAUUGACAGCGGUCGGCUCAUGGUUUCCACGAAAUGCGGCCACCUGUUCUGUAGUCUGUGCCUCCGCGACUCUCUCAGUAGAGCUCACAGCUGUCCUACGUGUAGAAAGAAACUCACUCACAAACAGUAUCACCCCAUAUAUAUAUAAUUGUUAGAUAAACAAGUCAGCCAGGCAUUAAGAUCAGCAUACAGUCAGCAAAAGGCUAGAUGCUCUCUCUAAUCAACUGCACAUGGCCCUCUGUGUGGCAAGUUUGGGGGGUGGGGGGGGGCAACUUGCAGGAGUUAAACUGGCACUUAUUCCAGAAAUAUAAUUUUUAAAUUGUGAAUACAUAUAUUGUUUUGGAGUACAAGGGGAACCUAAUUAACUAAGUCUGGGUUUGAGGACUUUGCUGCUAAUAUAAUUUUUUUGUUUUUGUUUUGACACACAACUGACCAGUUUAUAGCAUUGAGUUAAUGAUAGGGUUCAGAUCAAAUGGUAAAUGUAUGAACAACCUUAUUGUAAUGUAAGUUUAGUUUUUGGAAGAAAACUACACUCUGCUGGAUUGUUCUCCAUUCUUGUAUUGAAUUGGUUUGGGAUGCCUCACCCUCAUACUGGCCUUGUUAGCUUUGUUCAUUUAUCAUUAGAGCAUUGGCAUCUGCAUAUCAGAAUUAAUAAACUGGUUCUUGAUUGGCCAUCAGUCAUAUUGUACAUUUGAAGGAUGAAAUAUUGUCUUGACCAAAAUACUAUGCAAAUGUUUUGAUUGUGCUUUCCCAGGAAAAGUCCUUCAAUGAACAUAAGCACUCAGUGGUCCUGUUUGAAUGGUAAAUUGACAAGGGGGACUAAAACUAACAAGGCUGGUUUGUAAAUGUAAAUAUUUGUAUAUACUUUCAUGUACGAAGGACCUGUAAGUUAAGAAAUGUUAGUAAUGUCAGGACCAUUGAAUUUAUUUCAGUAAACAUUUUGAUCACUGAUUGUUUACUUCAAUUUUUUUCCUGGUUUGGUGGUUUUACAUGUCAAUCAUAUAAAAUGCAUUUUUGUUAAGGAUGCAACGAUAUGGCAAAUUUUGUUGGUUACAGAUAAAAAUAUUUUGCAUCAGAUUUUGUCAUCAGAUAUUUUACUUUUGCUUGGGAAAUAUGCUUUUAAAAAUGUACAAAGAGGUUAGGGUUAACCCUAAUUUCCAUUGAAUGUGUAUUGGAUCUGUAAUGGGUUACACGACAUGUCAAAAUAUUAAAAGCCACAAUGAAAGCUAAAUAAACAAGAUACAACUAAAUAUGAUGACAAGACCAUUCAGCGUUGGGUAAAUGAUAAUAAAGUAAUCCACAACAAAUUACUAACAACUUUCCUAAAAUUGAUUACCUCAUUGAAAAAAAAUAAUCAAAUGACUAUUUACUUUAAUGUCUUUUUUUUUUCUUUCUUGUUCACUGUUGCACACCCCUCAGCUGUCACAGAAAUGCAAACAGACGUACAUAUGAA